CUUGUGUGAAAGAGAGCAUUGUUUUCAUCAUGAAUUCUAAAAAAGAUGAGAGACCAAAGUCCAGAAGCCAAGAUUGUCACCUUUUUCUUGCUUUGAUGAUGCUAAGCAUGCCCAUGCUGUUUCUUCCAGUCAUUGGAACUUCCAAGCAAAAUAUUCCACGACUCAAGCUAACCUACAAAGACUUGCUGCUUUCCAACAGCUGUGUUCCCUUUCUGGGCUCAUCAGAAGGACUGGACUUCCAAACCCUUCUGUUAGAUGAGGAGAGGGGCAAGCUGCUUCUGGGAGCCAAGGACCACAUCUUUCUGCUCAGUCUGGUUGACUUAAACAAAAAUUUUAAGAAGAUUUAUUGGCCUGCUGCAAAAGAACGAGUUGAAUUAUGUAAAUUAGCUGGGAAAGACAUUAAUACAGAAUGUGCAAAUUUCAUCAGAGUACUUCAACCUUAUAACAAAACUCACAUUUAUGCGUGUGGAACUGGAGCAUUUCACCCAAUAUGUGGAUAUAUUGAUCUUGGAGUCUAUAAAGAGGAGGCUGUAUUCAAACUAGAUGCACAUAAUUUGGAGUCUGGCAGAUUGAAAUGUCCCUUUGAUCCUCAGCAGCCUUUUGCUUCAGUGAUGACAGAUGAGUACCUCUACUCUGGAACAGCUUCUGAUUUCCUUGGCAAAGAUACCGCGUUCACACGGUCUCUGGGGCCUACUCAGGACCACCAUUACAUCAGAACGGACAUUUCAGAACACUAUUGGCUCAAUGGAGCCAAAUUUAUUGGAACUUUCCCUAUACCAGACACCUACAAUCCAGAUGAUGAUAAAAUAUAUUUCUUCUUUCGUGAAUCAUCUCAAGAAGGCAGCACUUCUGAUAAGACCAUCCUUUCUCGAGUUGGAAGAGUUUGUAAGAAUGAUGUUGGAGGACAACGCAGUCUAAUAAACAAAUGGACAACGUUCCUGAAGGCCAGAUUGAUCUGCUCAAUUCCUGGAAAUGAUGGGGCAGAUACUUAUUUUGAUGAGCUCCAAGACAUUUAUUUACUCCCUACGAGAGAUGAAAGAAAUCCUGUAGUGUAUGGAGUCUUUACCACAACCAGUUCCAUCUUUAAAGGCUCUGCUGUUUGUGUGUAUAGCAUGGCUGACAUCAGAGCCGUUUUUAACGGUCCGUAUGCUCAUAAGGAGAGUGCAGACCACCGGUGGGUGCAGUACGAUGGAAGAAUUCCUUAUCCACGACCUGGUACAUGUCCAAGCAAAACCUACGACCCACUGAUUAAAUCUACCCGAGAUUUUCCAGAUGAUGUCAUCAGUUUCAUAAAGCGGCACCCUGUGAUGUAUAAGUCAGUCUACCCAGUUGCAGGGGGACCAACAUUCAAGCGAAUCAAUGUGGAUUACAGACUCACACAAAUAGUGGUUGAUCACGUCAUUGCAGAAGAUGGCCAGUAUGAUGUAAUGUUUCUUGGAACAGACAUUGGAACCAUCCUAAAAGUUGUCAGCAUUUCAAAGGAGAAGUGGAAUAUGGAAGAGGUGGUUCUGGAGGAGCUGCAGAUAUUCAAGCACCCAUCGAUCAUCUUGAACAUGGAGUUGUCCCUAAAGCAGCAACAAUUGUACAUUGGUUCCCGAGAUGGAUUGGUUCAGCUCUCCUUGCACAGAUGCGACACGUAUGGAAAAGCUUGUGCAGACUGUUGUCUUGCCAGGGACCCUUACUGUGCCUGGGAUGGAAAUUCAUGCUCUCGAUAUGCGCCUACUUCAAAAAGACGAGCUAGACGCCAAGAUGUAAAGUACGGGGACCCAAUUACCCAGUGCUGGGACAUAGAGGACAGCAUUAGUCAUGAAAUUGCUGAUGAAAAGGUGAUUUUUGGCAUUGAAUUUAACUCCACCUUUCUGGAAUGUAUUCCUAAAUCCCAACAAGCAUCUAUUAAGUGGUACGUCCAGCAGUCAGGUGAUGAGCAUCGAGAGGAGUUGAAACCCGAUGAAAGGAUCAUCAAAACGGAAUAUGGGCUACUGAUUCGAAGUCUGCAGAAAAAGGACUCUGGGAUAUAUUACUGCAAAGCGCAGGAGCACACUUUCAUCCACACUAUAGUGAAACUGACUCUGAACGUCAUUGAGAAUGAACAGAUGGAAAACACCCAGAGGGCAGAGCAGGAGGAGGGGCAGGUCAAGGAUCUAUUGGCUGAGUCACGGUUGAGAUACAAAGACUACAUCCAAAUCCUUAGCAGCCCCAACUUCAGCCUUGACCAGUACUGUGAACAGAUGUGGCACAGGGAGAAGCGGAGACAGCGGAACAAGGGCGGCCCCAAGUGGAAGCACAUGCAGGAAAUGAAGAAGAAACGCAACCGAAGACACCACGCAGACCGGGAGGGGUUUCCGAGAGCCGUGGCCACGUAGUUUCCUAUUUAAUUUAACGAAAAGAAGUCUUUAGCU